AUGGCCGAGAGCCUCCACGGCCAAAUCAUCGAGUCAUUGACGCCUGGGCGCGUCUUUGGCUCGCUCUUCUUCGUCUUUGUCGGCCUGCUCGUCCUCGACCACAUAUGGAAGCCGACGUACCCGGAAAACAUCCCCGUUGUCGGCUACGGGAAGGGCACUCUCGCGAGCCUACAGAACUUUUGCUACUAUGUCUUCCGCUACCGCGAUUGGGUCAUCGAGGGUUACCAAAAGUACAACAAGCAGAACCGCGCCUUCGUCGUCCCCGCUGCCGCAAGCCGCGCCCCCGACAUCAUCAUCCCGCGAUCUCUCACGAAGUGGCUGCUCGAGCACCCCGAUUCCGUCGUCUCCGCGCACGAAGCGCACAACGAUGUGCUGUACAGCGACUACAACUUCCUAGGCAAGGUCUACGCCGAUGACGUCUGGCACACGCGGGUGAUCCACAAGAGCCUUGCCCGUCACCUCAACUCUUUGGUCCCGGGGAUCGAGGAGGAAGUCGCCGUGGCUGUGGACAAGGCCUUCGGCACAGACACCGAGAACUGGAAGGCCUUGAGCCUUUGGGAGGCAUGGCUGGCCAUCGUGCCGCCGGUGACAAACCGCAUGCUGGUCGGCGAGGGCGUAUGCCGAAACAUGGACUUUUGCAAGGCCAUGGUUUCAUUCGUCGACCAAGUCAUCCUUAACUGCUUCGCGCUUCACAUGGUGCCGCAGAUUAUGCUUCCCAUAUUUGGGCCUCUCAUCACGCUGCCAAACUGGUGGAUGUGGCGCAAGGCAGCCAAGCACAGCUUGCCUGUCAUAAGGAAGCGUCUCGACGACAUGGCCAAGAAAGAGGCGGGAGAUCCGGCCUACGACAACUGGGUUGCGCCCGAAGACUUCAUCACGUGGGACAUUCGCAUGGCCAAAGCCGAGAAGAACUACUUCGAGCUCGACCCCUACGUCAUUUCGAAACGACUCUUGCCAAUACAGUUUGCAGCAAUCCAUACCACUGUCAUCACCGGCCACGGUAUUGUUCUUGAUUUGCUAAGCUCGGAUCCCGCCAAGGGGUAUGUCGAGGGUAUCAGGGAAGAAGCGGCCCGCGUGCUGGAGGAAGAGGGCGGCCGCUGGACCAAGAACGGCUUGUCGCGGCUCUACCGCCUCGACAGCGCCAUCCGCGAGAGCCAGAGGCUGAGCAACUUCAGCUGUACUCUGAUGGAGCGCAAAGUCAUCGCCGAGGAGGGUAUUACAAACGAAGAGGAGGGCUGGCAUCUGCCCAAAGGGACGUUCCUGACCGUCAACCUGGAAGGUCUGCACCACGACGAUGAUCUCAACCCCAACGCACGCGAAUACGACGCAUUCCGCACAAGCCGGCAGAGGGAAGAGUACGAAGCGAAACCGCAGUCGGAGAGGUCCCUCGAGGAGGGGCUGAGGUUGAAGAACCUCGGAAUGGUCACGACAAGUGACGCCCAUCUUCCUUUCGGGCAUGGGCGACACGCAUGCCCAGGUCGCUUUUUCGUCGCCCACGAGUUGAAGAUGGUGGUAGCUAAUCUGCUUCUCAACUACGACUUGAAGCCGAUAUCCGAACGGCCGAAACCGCAGUGGAUAGGCGUGACAGUAAUACCGCCGGUGGAUGCGAAAAUCGAGCUGAAGCGGAGGAAAGGCACAGUUUAG